CACAGAUACAAAUGAUUAUUAACCUCAUUUCCUUUUAUAUCGCUGACAACAAAAUGAAGAUUCAAUAUUUUUCUUCAAAGGAAAUCAUUUUACUGCGUUUCUUAUUGGCCCUGUACCUAGUGAGCUACACUGGCGCUCGUGAUCUUAAAAUCUCAAGGACUCUUACCCAAGAAAAUGGAGGUGGCGACUCUGAAGAGAAUUUAUUAGGAGAUUGGCCGAAUAUUCCCGGGUUUCCUCUUCCGGGAGCUCCUGAGAUUUCCGGUGAAAUUCCGAAUAUUCCCGGGUUUCCUCUUCCGGGAGCUCCUGAGAUUCCCUCAGAAUCAAAUCCGGAAGGAAUUCCGAUUAUUCCUGGCUUCCCUUUUCCGCGUAUUCCAGGCAUUCCCGGUUUCGGGAUUCCCGAUUCUCCUCCACAAGAACCGGGCGCGGAUAUUCCAGAUUUCUCAUUUCCCGGGUCAGGAUUAGGGAUCCCUAAUUUCCCAUUUCCGGAUCUCCCAAUUCCACCUGAGGAUGCAUUUCAAACCCUAGGUCCCACCGGCGAGCCCUUGAGUGGACUGUAGGCGGGCUUUUGCUUCAUCACAAAUGUAAACUUUACAAAGUAUUUUCAUACCAGAGUUAUGUUUCUCCGAAUUUUGGUUUUAGUUAAUAUUAAUAUAGAUCGUUCCGAUGGAGCCUUCAAGUUUUUGAUUAAAUAUAAACUAUGCAUGUAGGGAUUUGGGUUUAAUGCAAUAUAUAUAUACACAUUCAAAUUUUACUCUAUGAAUAAAAACUUAUAAAAUCCAC